UUACCAGGACAAGAACGCAAUCAACAUAAUACGAUGAGUCCUUCCGCUCAAACUGGAUCGCAUACAGAGCAAGGAGGUAAGGAAAACCCUGUCUGUGGACUAAAUAUAAUAUACAGUCAUACCUCUCUACAUGAAACCUGACGUCUAGCGAGAGUGUCUGGAAGGUAAUCUCGGGAUCCGGGAUUUCACCCGAAAUAAAACACGGGAUUCGAGAAAAUGCAAAAUUCAUUUACGGAAUAUGGGAUUGGACCACUUCUCGGGAGGCGGGAUUCGUCGAAAUCUUAGCAUGGGAUGCUGUAUUGGGAGAAAACGAUAUUCGGGAUAGGGACGGGAUGGCAGAAGUCCGGGAUGUUGGAUUGCCGGGAUCAGGAUCACCCCUUUCAGACCCUGUUACCUAGCAGCUAGCCUCUCCACAAUGGUCACAGCCGUUGUGGACAGAUGUCUAAGCGACCGUUGUUGAUGCUGUUUAUUUUGAAUACGGGGAAGAAGCGAUGUGACGAGACAUUAAUCUUGGGGUAUGAAAAGAUGAAACAUUUCUGUUUUAACCUAAAUUGUUCACAGCAUAAGUGAGUCUGAUAUUACUUUGUACAGCCUGACCUGUAUACAUGUGUGAUAAAUGGCCGUUGUUGGGAUGCUGGCAGUUGGUUGAUAAGAUUGAAUUUAUGGGCUAUUCACUUUUACAUCUCUUCCGCGCUUAAACGACAACAAGACCGUCCCGGCCUUGAAUAAUCUCCCCAGAAAGAUAAAAUCGAGUAAGAGAAGCUUUGGGUCCUCUUUUACAUGAUACAGGCUUUAAUAUCGUAACUUAUUUUUUAAAAUCCAUUUCACUUCUGUCUACUAAAACAGGGUCUUUCAUGCACCAGGAUAACAUUCAUUUAGGAGGUAGCGAUGACAAAGCGAGGCUUGAAUCAGUAUUACGAGGUGAUUUCAGCGUACUUUGUUCUUAAAGCUGUCCACGUCACAACACAACAGCAACAAGAAAAUAUCUCAGUUUUCGCCGCAAGGUUGUUACUACGUGGGCUAAGCGACAACAAAAACCCAAACUAAGCAAUACGAGAAACAAAAACAGGUUACCAGGACUGAUCAUGUUAGCCCCCUUGCAAAAAACUCGCUAUACAAUGUCUAAAAAUCUAUGAAUAAAACAAUGGUACAGUCAAACUCCAUUGAUACGGACAUUGGGGGGGGGGGGGGGGGGCAUAGAACUGAAGUGCUCGUAUUAACACUGCGGGUUGAAUUUAAAGAAAAUGUAAGGUCUCAAACACAAUUGAGAGAUUUAGAGUCACGUUUAAGGGAAACGGCAAAAGUCAAUCCGUGCCAACCUGACCAAGUUUUCUUCUUCCUUUUCGUUUACUGUUCAUUAAUGUUCCAAAAAUAUCAGUAGUUCCUCGUUAGUUUGUCCAUAAGAAUCGUUUUGGACUGUUUUUAUCUGCUUAUUUUCCAUUUUGAGAAAGCCUCAAGUUUAUCGUUUUCCGUAAACGUAACUCUAAACCUCUCCAAUUUUUAUCAGCCCAGCGGGCUUCACUUAGGCCUGGCCUAAAUGUAAAACCGAGGACCGGGAGCCAGGGGGGGCGGGAGCCCGGAGCCCUGGCCCCUCAAGCCCCUCCCCUAGAUCCGCCAGGGCAGUCGGUUAAAUCUUAAUGCUGGACAAAACGGCUAACGCCUGGCGUUUGACCUUAAAGUCAGCCCAGUUAAAUUCUUCAAGUCUAAAUUGUUAGAAGCUAAUAGUUACGUAAGACAUCCGGUUUCACUAUGCCAGUAACUAGCCGCUAGAUUACCCAUGGAAUUGGCCUAAAGAAAUGUUGACUCCUUUGUUAUGUGUUUUUGUGGACUUUCGUGGUGCAGUGCACAAAGUUCAAUAGCAUUCCUAUCAUUUUGAUCCUACUGACCAAUAUAAACGCCGCAUUAAUUUAUUCAGUCACAUUUGUGAACAAAAAACAAAGAAUUGCAUGUGCACCAACAGGGAGCCUCCCAACAUGUACUGUAGCACUGUUAUUUUUAUCUCUGAUGUUUGCCUACUUUCAUAACCCGUCUCCUUCACUAACUUAGUUUGAAGGAAGGAAAAAAGUGGUUAAGGACAAAAACAUCAACGGAAACAUCCUGCUGUGUCCUAUAAAACCCAAGUCACGGACACACGAUUCUCGGAAUCGCUCCCUUUUAUAUGAAAUUGGCCGGGCCGCUUCUAACAUAAGCUAACACGGAUGUAAACGAAACUUCUAAAUCGACAUUAACGUUAUUUUUUUUUAAUGCCACAGACCUUGGACAAGAUAUGAAAAUGAUUUAUUUAAAAUGGGCACAGCCUUUUGCGUAAGUACUCCUUGCAGUAAUUUAUGUAAAAUGACAGCAGCCAAUUCAGUAGGAAAACUCAGAGAACCGUCAUGGUACUGAAGGUAUGAGAAAAAUUAUAAGCGUUGAAAAAGGUAGAUUAAUACAUGGGUCUCGUUUUGUUUUUUUUUUUCCUCAUAUUUUCAGAGAGGGCGAGGCUUUUGAAGGGUUUUGUCCCGCAAGACUUGACGAGCUAUUGAAAGAGGCGUUGAGGUUGGAACAGCACCUCAAGAAUCAAAAAGAACGUUUGAGGGACAGGUUAACCCUAAUUACACGAACUUUACAGGCACCAGUGUUGUAA